AUGUACAAAUCAAAAAUUGCUGAAUUCAAACAUUGUCCACCGAAAGUCAUCGUAUCCUAUCCAAGGUUUUUUCCUCAACAGAUCAACACAGAACAGCUCCAUCAAUGUUUUGGUUUUUUGUCAGCAUUAUCUAUUACAACAGAAGAACAUGGCUACACAAUAAGGACAUCAGAAUCUGCAUCCUGUCCUCCGGUCAAACCACUUCUUGAUGUACCAGAGCUCAUCACCACCAUAGACACUGGGUAUAUGUCCAAUGUUACCAAUCUCAAUGAUAAAGAAAUCUGGACUUGCGGAAAAGACAAAAUCAUUAAACUUUACAAUCUUCAGGGGGAACAACUGAAAGCAUUCCAAACAAAAUAUAAAGUUCGUGAUAUAGCGGUUACAAGGAAUGGAGAUCUAGUUUACACUGAGCCCAGUGAAUGUGCUGUAAACAUGAUAAAGAAUGGCCUGAUACAGGAAGUGAUCCGACAACAGGGAUGGAUACCUUACUAUGUAUGCAGUACGUUCUCUGGUGAUCUCCUGGUCACCAUGAACCGUGAAAAUGAACAAACAAAAGUUGUCCGUUUCUUUGACUAUACAGAAAAACAAACCAUUCAGUUUGAUAGUAAAGGUAAACCUUUGUAUUCACCUUACUACAGUAAAUACAUCAGUGAGAACAGGAACCUGGAUAUCUGUGUGGCUGACUCUGACGCCCAUGCAGUAGUGGUCGUUAAUCAGGCAGGUAAACUCCGAUUUCGAUAUACAGGUCUGCCCUCUAAUAAAAAAGAAUCAUUCUGUCCACGUGGCAUCACAACAGACAGCCAGAGUCAGAUCCUGACAGCAGACACAUACAACCACUGUAUCCACAUUCUAGAUCAGGAUGGACAAUUCCUCUCUUACAUUGAUAACUGUUUCUUACAACGUCCAUGGGGUUUAUGUGUAGACUCCAAAGACAACCUCUUUGUGGCUGAAUACGGUCGCUGUAAAGUGAAGAAAAUCAAAUACAUGUAA